AAUCCAAGAACUCCAAUUUUUAAAUGUCAUCCUUCUCUUAUUUAUAUUAAUGUCCACGUUGUUUGUUUGUCCUUCGAGCCAGAAAAAUGAAUCCUAAGGCCAUAUAUUUCCCAGUUUUAAUAGCAAUUGUUGCUGUUUUGGCAUCAACUCGUUACAUGAAUCCACCCCGAACGUACUUCAAUUGCAUUCUUGAUCGUUUCUCUACAGCAUCAUCGUUCAGUGUUAGUCGUAGUCACCACCAUGAUCAUCAUCAUCACACUGACGAUGAUAAGCCAAAACAAUCACCCUGUGACAAAUUUUCACCCAAUUUUCCCACUAUAGACACAAGUACAACGUCCAUUCUCUGCGUUGAUCAUAAUGGUUGUUGCAAUUUCACCAGAGUGCAAGCUGCUGUUGAUGCUGUUGGGAAUUUUAGUGCGAAAAGAAGCUUAAUAUGGAUAAACAAUGGCAUUUAUUUUGAAAAGGUGAUUAUUCCAAAAACAAAACCUAACAUCACAUUUCAAGGGCAAGGGUAUACGACCACAGCUAUUGUAUGGAAUGACACAGCCAAUUCUGCAAAUGGCACAUUUUACAGUGGCUCUGUCCAAGUUUUCUCUACCAAUUUCAUUGCCAAGAAUAUAAGUUUCAUGAAUGUAGCUCCAAUGCCGGUGCCAGGGGCGGUAGGAGCACAGGCAGUGGCGAUUAGGAUAGCCGGAGAUGAGGCUGCCUUCUGGGGUUGUGGAUUUUUCGGAGCACAGGAUACUCUUCAUGACGAUAGGGGUCGCCAUUACUUCAAGGAUUGUUAUAUUCAAGGUUCCAUCGACUUCAUUUUUGGCAAUGGCAAAUCACUCUACGAGAACUGCCAAUUGAUAUCAAUAGCAAGUCCAGUAGCAGCAGGAGUGAAGUCGAUAAACGGGGCAGUAACAGCAAACGGCAAGUCCACCAAAGACGAAAACAGUGGCUUUGCAUUCGUGAAUUGCACUUUGGGAGGCACUGGUUGGAUUUGGUUAGGGCGUGCGUGGAGGCCUUACUCGACCGUCGUCUUUGCUAACACUUACAUGACUGACAUCGUGGCUCCCGAGGGCUGGAACGACUUCAACGACCCUUCAAGAGACCAGACAAUAUUCUAUGGAGAGUACAACUGCUCAGGAGCAGGAUCCAAUAUGUCGCUGAGAGCGUCAUAUGUUCAAAGACUAAAUGAUACACAAAUUGUUCCCUUCCUCAACUCCUCUUUCAUUGAUGCUGAUCUAUGGCUCCAAUCUUUCUCCUCUUAGCAGCUUCUCUCCUUCUCCGUAUUUCUCUCUCUAAUUCUAACUUUACGUGCGUGCACUCGCAUAAUAUUUCAAAAUUGAACAAGAUUGUUGUAAUCUAUUAUGGAUUUAUCAUAUAUAGAUAUAUAUUCAUUGACACUAUUAUAAAUGAACUUUUACCUA